UCAAAACAAACAGUUAGGAUGUUUUUGAAUGGGACGCAGAGGUUGUGCAGCACGAGAAUCGCACGGUAACCGUAACCUAUUGAAUGUGUACGAAGGGUGCGCGCUCGUCGUCUUCACCUGCGAGCUGUGUGAACUGUCCAGUACCUUCAGCUUCAAGGACCAGAAGCCACCAAACACCAGUAAUGACAGUGGGACAUUAUUUCACACAUUUUUGGAUCCAUUUCAUUUCCCCAAAUGGCUCUUGGAGGAAUGUUACGGCAAGAAGGAUCCCUUCAGCUCAGAGAGAGAAAAAGAUCCUCCAUCUCUUCCAUUAUGUUCAAAAUUCUGAAAAUCCAGAUCAAGCAAUAUUUUUACGCUUACAUGCAG